UACUUGUUUCUUUUUAACUUCAAGCAUCUGUGAUGUGCUUUUGGGGAGUUAUUAAGUCCCAUUAAACGUCAGAUCAUUAUAGAUCCCAAUAAUUAUUUUUCACGCAUAUUGUAGGGGGAUUCCUUUACUUUUUUGAGAAAUGUUUUACUGCAAUUGUUUUUUGACCCAAAACACAGCAUGAGCAAAAUAUUGGACCAGUCAAAGAUGCCCUAGUUUGUAAUGUUUUCAUGUCCAAUGGGACCCUGGCCUGAGGAGGUCUUCAAAUUGAUGCUUAUAUUGAUGCUCUCCAUCAUAAACUUGUGUGAUAUUUUGCAGCGUACCUGGCAGUGGUUUUAAUUUGGAGCAUGUGUUUCUCGAGAUGUCUGACUGAUGAAGCGUGUUUAAAACAGAAAGGAGAAAACGUUGUGUAUAUCUUCUGCACUGCUGUACCCAACUCCUCAUUCUAUUCCUCCGAUGUUAGUGUCCUCUCUUUCUUUGGGACCGAUUUCUUUGGGAUUGGGACCAUCGACCGUACGAUUUUCAACAGUUCGAAGCUGGUGUCUGUCACCAACCUGACGAUAGCCAGCAGCAAAGUGAAGACCAUUGAACGAGGAGCUUUCCGUUCUUUCUUCAACCUGGCUUCAUUGGACUUGGACAAUAACCAACUCAAUGCAAUCAAUGCCUCCUGGUUUUCCAACCCCGCCAGUCUUGUCAGCCUUAGUCUGUCCCGGAAUAACAUCCAUUUAAUCAGUGAGGACACUCUAUCCUUGUUUUCUAGUUUAAAAAUGCUAGAUCUUUCUUGGAACAAGAUUGCGGGGAUAGCUGGACGAAGUUUCAAGAGUAAUCCCCAUCUUUCUACGCUUAAUUUUUCGGCCAACCAGUUGUCUUUUCUGAGUGCCAAGGUUUUUGAAGGUGUACCGACUAGAGAAAUGGACCUCACUAAGAACCCUUGGAACUGUUCCUGUGAGCUCAUGGAAUUCGCAUCCUUUCUGAGAGAUUUGGUGAAUAAUUCUGUACUGGAAAAACAGUCAGCUGUUGCCUGCCUGGAUCCAUCCUGUUUGAAAGGAAUUCCUAUUUGGAACGUAUCUGAUUUUCACUGUCCUGUGACCGGAAGCACAACUGUGCCUUAUGAACACCCAACUGUAUCUCCACUGUCCCAUCAGACACAGUUACCCAUAGUACUGGUGUUGUUAGCACUCGUCUUAUUCUUCUCAUUCCUGAUUCUUCUGCUGAUAAAAAGGAAACACGAUAAGAAACCAGUCAUACCGGAAAAGAACCGAACUGAGAAAAAGGAAACAUACCCACAGGAGGGCAUUGUGAAUGAGAAUCCAGAUGAGAAUCAUUGGACAAAGGCUAAUAUUUCAGUGUCUGUGCUAGAAACUGAUGAAGAGAAAAUGAACGAUGCCCAUAAGAGGGUCAAAGAACAAGCGAACUUUGCCACAGGAGACAGAUCCGAAGUCCCUUUUCAACAAGAGACCAUUGUGGAUGAAUCAGCUGAAUUCGCCAUCUGCGAUCAGGCUUUGCCCAGCUCCCCAGCCAAGACUCCACCAACGAGAAGCCAACUGCUUCUCGAGCAUGAGCAAGGGAGAAAAAGAGAGAGAAUCUCAAAUAUAACGGGUGAUGUGGAAAUGGGAAUAUACAAAGGCAGAGUCUGUGAAAAACAGACAAUUGUUCUGGACAUCAAAUCAUUGAUCAUUGUCCAGAAUCAGGGAGUAGCAAACAUAACGAGACAGGAAAGAAAUGAAGAUGGUAAACCUAUCGGGACUAUUUUACCUUUCUCUAAAAUUACAAACAGUGACGUGAGCACCAUUAGCAACGGUAUGCACCAUGAUGAACACACUAACAACACUGCAUCGAUCCGUGGUAAUGAUAGUUCAUUGAGAAGUCCGCUAGGGACCCGAUCAUUCAAACCAGGUGGUGAUGAAGCCUUAUAUGAUGCAAGAGCCAGUUUAAUGAAUGCUCUGGACGGCAGUGUGGUUGAAAGGCAGUGCAAGUACUCGCAAAAUGCACGCAACGACAUGAAUGGGACGGCUCUGGAGAAUGAGGCAAGUGGAGAAAAUGUUGGACUUGUCAAGGGAAGGAGAGAGACAGGCAGCCAAAGAAUCGCCAAAGGGUUGCAAAGUGGCAAGAACAGUUUUGAGAAUGAUGACAUUUCGGAAAUCCGUCCCUCCCCUGUAUCUCUGAAGGGAACAAGGAAGGAGAUGAGCAAAGAGCGACACACCACUGCAGCCGCUACUCGUCCGCAAGUGACUCCAGCCUGCGAAGGGAUUGUCGACACAAGCUCCACAACUGAAGACCAGCUUCUCCACAGCAGUGAAUAUGGCUACGUCAACCUUCUCCAUGAAGUUGUGAAAAAUCAGGGUCGCUGGACCAGGGAAAGGUGGAAGCAGACCCAUAACAUUCUGCGCAAGGUUUAAUGCACAGUUUUUUACUGGAUGAAAUAAUUAAUACUCCAAAGUAGAUGAUUAAAAAAAAAAAGCACCACCUACCCUGAUUCCAGUGGCAGUUAAAGUUAAGAGUGAUUCGGUUGAAGUGCCCUCCAACCGAAUUAAUCUCAUCCCCGUCUCUCUCCCACACACAUUAACUUUAGAGGGCAGGUCAGAUGACCACUGCUUCCUGCUGAGCACAUUUGGAAAACAUUAAGUAGAAAUGAUUUGAUGUUUGUGUUUUUCAGCGAUCAGUAGAUAAUAAAAUUCAGUCUUGUUAUAUUUGUUGGUUAUGUCAAUCUUAAAUUCAUGUAUAUACUUUAAUAAAUGAUUUAAAUGGCUCCAAA